AUUGGUUGGAUCAGUUAUCAGUUUGACAGGUUAGGAUUUCCGUCAGUGUCGUGAAAAUAUAGAACGUGUGAUAACCAUAUUUUCAAGAUGUGUGACCAUAUUUUACUUCACAGUGGAUACCAUCAUCCAGUUUUAAGAUCAUGGCAGGCUACCAAUACGUCUGUUACGGCAGAAAAUCUUAUAUAUCCUAUCUUCGUCACGGAUGAUGACGACGCUGUCCAGGAGAUCACCAGCAUGCCUGGGCAGGCGCGGUAUGGUAUCAACAAACUGAGGGAUGCUAUCAAACCUCUGGUUGAGAAAGGCCUAAAAACAGUCCUCAUAUUUGGAGUGCCAGAAAAAGUUCCAAAGGACAACAAUGGCACAGCAGCAGACUUGCCAAACACACCGACAAUGAUGGCGAUACAGAUGUUACGCCAAUGGUUUCCUGACCUACUGAUCGCGGCUGAUGUAUGUCUCUGUCCUUAUACAUGUCAUGGACACUGUGGUAUACUGUAUGAAGAUGGCAGUUUAAAUAAUGAAGCUAGUAUAGCCAGACUUGCUGAAAUCAGUGUCAACUAUGCAAAAGCAGGUUGUCAAAUUAUUGCACCAUCUGACAUGAUGGAUGGUAGAAUAGGCGCUAUAAAGAAAGCACUGGCUGAGAGUGGUUAUGGUAGCAAGGUGUCAGUGAUGAGUUACAGUGCCAAGUUUGCUUCCAGUUUUUAUGGACCAUUCAGAGAUGCUGCAAAGUCAGCUCCAAGUUUUGGAGACAGAAGGUGCUAUCAGCUUCCACCAGGAGCCAGUGGUCUUGCAGAAAGAGCUGUGGAUAGAGAUGUACAAGAAGGAGCUGAUAUUCUCAUGGUAAAACCAGGGAUGGCCUAUCUUGAUGUUGUAAAAUCUGUGAAAACAAAGUACCCUACACAUCCAAUGGCAAUCUACCAAGUUUCAGGAGAAUAUGCUAUGUUGUACCAUGGUGCUAAGGCAGGAGCAUUCAACCUACAGACGACAUUGCUAGAAGUUCUUGCAAGUAUGAGAAGAGCGGGUGCUGAUAUCAUUAUAUCAUACUACACACCACAGUUAUUAGACUGGUUAUCAGCAAAGUGAGCUGCCAUGUAUAGACUGUGACUGUGUGCCUUUGUUAUUGUUUCAUCCAUCCAGCGACACUGAUGGUCCCAUACUGUACAUUUUAUUUCAAUGGGAAAAAGAUCAGAACAUCAAAAUCAGCUGAAAUUAUAAUGGCCUUCCUGUUUUAUUUUUUUUUAUUCAUUUUUUCUUCUCAAACUUUAGAGCAAUCAGAUCUUAUGAAAAAGGUUACCUCAAAAUGAUGCUUUUAGUUAGUUUUAAUGAAGAAUUGUUACUGAAUUUACACAGAACUUCUCUCUUGAGGUAAUUCAUUUCAAAUUGUCAUUUAUUUAUCUUGGCUGUACAUAAAUGUUUGGCAAGUGUGCAUGUGCAACUGGCUCAUGUUGUUAAUUUCAGAUUACAUUCUUUAUGUUAAAAUGCUACAGAAGGUAGCCAAUAUUGUUCAAGAAAAUUAGUCAGUUUUUUCCAAACUUGAAGUGACUAAGUCUGCUUCAGUAGAAAAUGUUCCUUAAUUUUACUGAGAUGCCUGGUUUCUCAAGUAUAGAGCUGAAGAAACAAUCGCUUACAAUAUACGGACUUACUUUGUCAAUUGAACAGGGCGUAAAUUGUUCAAAAUUGAAUUUAGUUCUUGUGUAACUUUGUGACAAUUUAGCAGUCAGGAAUAUGUUUAAUACAGAUAUGUGUAUGUGUAAAUUAUGUACAUGUAGUGAUGGUCUAUAUAAAUUCAGGGUGAUUUAAAGUAUAGUUUAAGUGCCAAAUCAUGUCUUUAUAUCCUGUAAAUCAUUGACAUAUAUAAAUGGCAUUUACCUAAUUUGUUCUUCAGAGUAUGUUACUGUUUGAAUAAAGAGAUGUGCUACCAAAUUAAAGUCAAAUUUUUCAAAAUUAAACAUGUUGCUUUCUUCAUUUCAUAUAUGUAUGAAAUUAUAAAUCAAAAGUAAAAUCGAAGUGAUUCAAUGUCAGAAUAAUAGGUAGUAUUCAUUUAGAAAACCCUGUGUUAGUCUGUAAAUAUUUAGAGUAUUGUGUAAAUAUUUAGAAAAGUUCUUCUGUGUAACAUUAGUUACACACUAAACUUUUAAAUUAAUGUGAAAUGACAAAUGACAGUUAAUUAGCUAUACUAAUUGCAUUUUCAUGAAUUGUCAGCUGAUUUAAUACUGAUAUUUUGUAUUGAGUUUUGUUUUUUUAGCCAUUGUUAUACAUGUAUAUAUUUAAACUUAAACAUAUGAAGGCAUGCCCCUUUAAUACACACUAUAGCAAAUCAGAGUGCUGUAGAGUCCAAUUAGACAAGUAGUUUAUAUUUUCAAAAAGUGUUGUUUUGUCAUCAAGCCUUUUUGUGAUAGAAAUAAAAUAAAAAAUUUCAGUGCACUUUCAAAAAUUUUGAAGCUGAAAUUUAAAAUUCACUCACAUUGAGCAUGUUGGGUCUUUUGACUUAGACUUUUCAUGACUAUGAGUAUUUAAUGUAGCACAUGUACAUUUUCUACAUAAUAUUGAUUUGAAAGCAAUUUUGUCUCCUGCUUUUUUGUAUGCAGACUGUCAGUAAAAUAAUAAAGUAAGAAUAGAUUCCAUGGUAACAUUGAGACUUUCAGACUUCAUGGUGUUCACUCGGUACUGUGCUGUACUUUCAUGAUAAAAUUGUUUAUAAAAAAGUUUUACUCCAUGACAAUAAAAAUACACUGUGUAUUAUUGUUCUUUUACAUUUACUUUUACAUUUUAAACUUCUGUUACUCAGAUGUAGUAUUUUUGUAAUAUCUAAUAUAUCUAACAAGAGUAAAUAUUCUCUGUGCUGUUUAUUCUUUGGUCAUAGAAGUAAGCUUAACUUUGUAUCUUUAAAGAAACAAUUUUUGUUUUACACGAUGAGAAGAAAAAAGUAUGGAGAAUUAUAACGUACUUGAAUGUAAAUUGCUUGACCUAAUAUGGGACAUUUACCUUUAAAAGGUUUACCCAACUUCUAAUGCUAUUUCCUUGAAGAGAAUAUUUUAUAUUCCUGAAAUAUUCCAGUUAUUGGAUAAGUUGUUAAUAACUGAAUAUAUUAUAUAUUAUAUUGUUGUUAUAUAAUCAGAGUUUAUUUUCAUGUCUAGCAAAUAUUACAAUGGCAUCUAUCCAAAUUAGCUUACUGUAAAAGCACAUAUUUUCGCUGGGUCAGAAUUUCGCGAAUUUUAAAUUUUGAGUAUGUCCGCGAGGUUUGAUAUUCGCAAAUCGUAAAAAUGGUAUCAUACUUGAAUUUGAAUUAUACCAGAAGUGAAUAUUUACACAAGAAUUAACUUUAGCGACUUGUAGAGCCUCAUAAAUAUAGCGAAAGUUAAACCCUUGCGAAAAUUCUGCUUUUACUGUAGAUUUAGCCAGAGGAAAUCAUGAUGAUUAUCUUGAGUUCAGGCACUUUUUGAUGAAACAAGAUACGACCAUGUUUGUAAAACAUAUUACAAAAACUCUUUAUUCCUGAAGUCACUGGCUAGGACUAUCAUGUGAAACAGUAGAAUUUUAUCUUUACCUUUUAUGGAUUUACAUUUAUUUAUGAUUGUUAAAUGUAUCCAUAGACAUUUCAGUAGUUUAUAAACAUCUGACAUUUUGCUGUUAUAGGGAGAAAAGGCAAAAAACUGUUUAUUUUUGUCUUGCUGUCAUACCUCAAAGGACAUCAUUAAUGUUUAUCAUAUUUCAGGUUGUUGAGCAGCACCUUAGGGUGUAAAUUCCAAGUUUUAAAAUUGUGUUGUUAUAACUUAUCACACAGGAAACAUAUGAAACUGCCGUCUAAAGUAUUUACAUUUAAACUAUUGAUAAUUUCAUUGCAUUUCAAUCAUUUACUUAGUCAAAGUUUUUGGGGGAGUAGGGGAGUAUUUUUAUGGACAGUGUUAAGAAGAUUGAAUAAUUCUGAAUACAAAUUGCAGUUUAUGGACUAUGAUGUAGAUUCAGCUUUGUACCUUUUAUUUAAAAUCAUGCUAUGCAUAUGAAUUGUUAAGAUAUUAUUUUUAACAAAAUGGUUUAAAAUAUAAUAUUAUGUAGUAUGAUAUGAACUGAUAUGUCACCAGAAUAUAUUUGUUUGGCGAAAGUUUUUAAAAGUAAUUUAGAAUUUUGACAACUAUUUUGUAAAUGGGUGCCAUUCCUUAUAAUAAGCUGUAGUUAUAUGUUAAGUGAUUUUAAAUCUGAUUAAACUUUAAAACAAUA